AUGAAGAAAAAAGAGAACUCCCAGCAAAGUAGAUUGCAAAAUCUUUUAAAGCAUGGCAAUGGAGCUGACCUUCCAGGAGUCCAAGGACCUAACCAGGCAUCUCUCUUGUCCAACAACCACCUCAGGCAAGAGCUUUCGUCGCAUUUGGAAGCUUCCCUGUCAUAUAGAGAUGGGUCUGAAAGAGCUUCAUAUGCUAUCACCACCCGGAGAAUAAAUAAGUCAACUGAAGAUUUUCCUCCUGCUUGUUCUUUACCAGCUAGCUGUGAAGCAUUCGACAAUGCCCUGGUAGUUGAGAUGGUAGAAAAAGCAAAUUAUAGCCAACAGAAUUUCACGGCCAAGCAGAUCCAGAAAACUAUUUUAAAUCAAUUUACCUAUUCAAGUACAAAAGAACUGGCUGCAGCAGGAUUCUUCUGUUCACAGGGUCAGAGGAAACAAAACACUUCACAUAUGAAACAAAAGGUUCCAUCCAGCUUCUUUCUCAACAGCAGCUGCCACAGGAUUCCUGCUAGAAUCCAUCAACAGAACGAGAUGAAGGGAAAUUUAAGAUCAGAUAAUUCUACCUGGUUGGAUAUCCGAGAGGUAACUUCCAUGAUAUUGAAACAAGUGAUGCCACAACUGCUGCUUGCCCAUGUAGAGACUCAAUCUCCCUUUUGA